AUGGUUAGUUUGGAAACGAGGCUGGAUAGACGCGAGUGCCUGAGCCUUAUCGCCUCGUGCAAGACACUCUCACAAGCCAAGCUUGUCCACUCUCGAAUCGCCUCCGCUUUUGUAAACCUCUACACCACCGAUGCCUUCCUCUGCAACAAGCUCGUGGAGCUGUACGGCGCUUGCGGCAGCCCGGGCCUCGCGCGGGCGAUCUUCGACCGCACAGCGCACAAGGACUCCUUUACGUGGGAUUUCAUGCUCAAUGCAUACGCGCGAAACGGGCAUUUGGAAGAGGCCAAGCAAGUGUUGGAGUCCAUGCCACAGUGGAGCGCCAUUUCCCACACGAUUAUGCUCGAGGCAUAUGCCAGGAACGGGCAUCUUGCCGAGGCGCGGGAGAUGUUCCAGAAUAUUCGCUACCCGGACGUGGCUGCCUGGAACUCGAUGCUUGCCGCAUAUGCCACUAAUGGGCAUCUUGAUAUAGCGUUACGCGUGUUCGAUUCCAUGCCCCAGCGCACAGCCGUGUCGUGGACGAUACUCCUGUCGGCUUGCGCCCACACCGGAAACCUCAAAGAUGCCAAGAUAUUCUUUGAUGGAAUGCCUGACAAGAAUCUCAUCAUCUGGACAACCAUGAUCGCUGCAUAUUCCCAAAACGGGCAUCUGGGAGAUGCCACAGCACUCUUUGAUUCCAUGCCCGUGAGGAAUAUCCUGUCAUGGACGAGCAUGCUCACGGCCUACGCACAAGCUGGCCAGCUAGACAGCGCACGGAAAAUGUUCCAGGAUAUUCCUCACCACGACGUGGUAUCUUGCACAGCGAUGCUGGGUAUAUAUGCCCAAACGGGGCGUCUGGAGAAAGCAAAGGGUAUCUUUGACUCGAUGCCCGAGAGGGACAUUGUGACGUACAAUGCCAUGCUUACCGCGUACGGACAGGCCGGGGAUGUGGCCAUGGCUACCCACACGUUUCGUACGAUGCCACAGCACGACCUGGUCUCGUGGAGUACGGUCAUUUCUUUGCUUACCCAAACUGGGGAUCUGGAACAUGCCAAGAGAAUGUAUGAAAUGAUGCCUUUGCAGGACCUUAUCUCGCAAACUAUCUUGCUAAGCUGCUACAGUCAACACGGGAAUCUUAAAGAUGCGAAGAAGGUGUUUGACCAGAUGCCGGCACAGAAUCUAGUCUCCUGGAACAACAUGCUCUCUGCAUAUACCCAGAGAGGGUAUAUUCGAGAUGCAAAGUCAUUGUUCGAUUGGAUGCCACAGAAGAAUCUUUUGUCUUGGAACAUUAUGUUAAACUCAAAGUUACAAAAUGCUCGUCUUGAAGAAGGAGUGUCAAUGUUCCUGACAAUGCCGGAACGCGACCUUGUAUCGUGGAACUCUCUGCUGACUGCAUUUACCCAAACCGGGGAUUUUGAGAUGGUUAAGAAAACGUUUGCUGAGAUGCCCGACAAGAACUUGAUCUCCUGGACGACGAUGUUGUCCGCCCUCUCGAGAAACAAUCUCCUCCACGAUGCAAAAGCUAUGUUUGAUCGAAUGCCUGAGCAAAACCAAAUGAGCUGGAACACAAUCACGGUGGCAUUUGCGCAGUCUGGACGGAUCAAACAAGCCGCCAGUCUCUUCCUUCGUAUGCCCGAGAGAGACAUCGUCUCCUGGAGCGCGAUGCUUGCCGCAUAUACCCAAUCUGGGCAUUUCCAUGUCACACUGGAGAUGUUCUACGCUGCGAGGAUGGAGCUCGAACCCGAUGGAGCUUGCUUCGUUCCAGUGCUCGUCUCUUGCAGCCGGACAGGCAAAGUUGGCGACGCAAGGUGUUUGUUUGCAUCCAUGGCGCAGGAUCACGGACUGGAUCACUCGAGGCAGCAUUACUCGUGCAUGGUUGAUCUCCUUGCGAGAGCUGGGCAUUUGGAGCCGGCUCGAGAUCUCAUCACAAACAUGCCCUUCGUGCCGGAUCUCUUGGACUGGACUUGCUUGCUGGGCGCUUGCAAAAGCUUUGACGACGUCGAGCGUGGGGGAUUUGUUGCGAAGAAUGCCUUUAAGUUGGAUCCCGGCUACACUUCCACGUACUCUUUACUGUCAAACAUGUAUAAAUCGAAAUCUCUUUGCGCGUAA